AAUUGCACUACAAACGUCUACAUACGAAAUACAAACGAUUGCAUAUAGGAGUUAUUUAAAAAUACGUUCAGUCGGCGUCAAGUAUGAGCGAAUGUUCUGCGUUUUAUUACGUCAGAAAGUGGCAGUCUGAAUGAGCCAUUAAGGCUUAUAUCUUUUGUAGACCCGGCCUUAUGCACUCAUACAAAAGUGUGUGCACCCUCUAUAACCUUAUAGCAUAGACGAUCUCAGAUGAUUUUGUCUUAAUUUCUGUCCUCAGCUUUUGUCGUUUAGUUUUGUUCUUGUGGUUUUGUUCUAUUUGGCUUUUGUCAUUAUUUUGCUGCUGCUGUUUUCAGAAAAGUUACAAUACAAUGGCAUGCUAUGGCUCACGGAAAGAAUUCGUUGAGAGAUGUAAAAAUUAUUCCUGUCUUGAUCUAGAUUGUGGUUCCGUACACACAUACAAAUACUGCUUCAUGUUUCAAAAUACUACGUGUCGUAACGAAAAAUGUCAAUUUCUGCACUGCACUAGCGUGGAACAGCUUCAAUAUGAAACAACGGGGAAGCCAACGGAGCAUCUCAAAAGAGAGGUCGCAAGAACGCUACAAAACACGAACAUAUGCGGUGACUUCAAAACUAGCGUUUGCAACCGCACUAAAUGUAAGCGGCGACAUAUAAAGUUGGAUAACAGCGAACCCUUGGAAUGCCCUAUAUGUACGAAAGCUAUAAUUAUAGAGAACUUUGGUGCAGGAGAUUGUGGGCACAUUUUUUGUUGCAAAUGUGCAUCACGUAUAGUAAAUGAAACAAACGAUGAAAUGAAAGUACAAUGUCCAAUUUGUAGGUUUACAGGCGAAUAUAAAAAACUUAUGUAGUUUUUAUUUUUGUAUUAAAAAUGUAUUCUUAUUCGUAUCUUCUAACUGUAUUGAAAAGAGAGAAAAUUUAUUUUCCUAGUUUUGAAAAAAUAUCAAGUUUAAUACCGUUGUUAACGGAUUAAUGUACCAAUUGGUGUACAAAUAUUAAUUAGUUUGAAAUUAAAACAACAGAAAAGUUCAAAAUAUAAUUUA